AAAUUGUCAAUCGAAAUUGUCUUUAAUCAGCUGUCGAUUUAUAUUAUUGGCGUUAAUUUUUUAAAAGAAUUUAUAUAUAAAAUAUGUGAUAAAUGGCAUGAAGCAUCUUAUAUUUAUUAAUUAAACCAGCACGGUGGUAGUGCUGGGGGUCGGUUUGUGCGGAUGGCGAGCGCGAGGAGCCAGUGGUGCGAGUGACCGCGGCGGGCGCGGCUCACCUGGGCCCCCGGUCGCGCAGGCAUGCACUGGCAUGGCGGAGGCUGCAGGCACGUCGCGUGGCCUCCGCGUCUACAAGAUCGUAGUACUAGGCGACGGGGGGGUGGGCAAGUCCGCGGUCACACUGCAAUUUGUUAGCCAUAGUUUUCUGGACUAUCACGAUCCCACAAUAGAGGACUCAUAUCAACAGCAGGCAGUUAUUGAUGGGGAGCCAGCAUUGCUGGACAUAUUAGAUACGGCUGGACAGGUGGAAUUCACUGCGAUGAGGGAACAAUAUAUGCGAUGUGGGGAAGGCUUCAUGCUGUGCUACUCGGUGACAGAUAGGCGGUCUUUUCGUGCUGCAGCAGAGUAUAAACGGUUGUUGGCUCAAGCUCGCCCUUCAGAGAGACUGCCACUGGUGUUGGUUGGCAAUAAGUUGGACUUGGCGCCGAGAUUAAGACAAGUAACGACAGAGGAAGGCAAAGCUCUGGCCACCCAGCUUGGCUGUCCAUUCUACGAGACUUCGGCAGCGCUCCGUCACUUCGUGGACGAUGCCUUCCACGGACUCGUCCGGGAAAUACGCCGCCUCGAGAGACAGAGACAGUCGUCGCUGCUGGAGAGCGGCGGGCGCGGGCGGCGGCGCUGGCGGCGCCUGCGCAGCAUCUUCGCGCUCGUGUUCCGGCGCCGGCGCCGACACGCCGCGCCCUGAGCCGCCCCCGCCGCGCCGCUGCGGGAUAGGUUUCUCCUUUUAUUUACUACGAACCUUACUUUCAUAUUCGACCUCGGGUGACUUUAUAACCGGGUGAAAAAAUUGUAAUCGUAGCUCUCGUCCUCGACUGGAGGCGGAGCUGAGUGAUAUAUUUGUCAGUAAUAAAUUAAAUUCUGAGCGUCGAGUAUUUAAACGGUCGAGUAUUUAAACGGUCGAGACAUGGACGUGAAGCCGUCGGAGGGGGAGACCGAAAAUCGUUUCACUGACGAGAUAGGUUGCUUAGGGUCAGGUGUUUAAUCUUCCACUACCUCAAACGCUUUCCGUUAUUAGUUACUCGUGUCCGUAUCUAUCGUGGCCACGUUCUCUUUUAUAGUGAAUUGAUUAAUAUUGUUUAUAGCUUUACUAAAUUAUUCCAUACUUCGUUAAUCUUAGGAAGCUUAAUAUUUGAUAUGAAAUGUGCCAGAUAUUAUUCUAAGAUGUGAUUCUACCUCUGUCUUACACUAUUGAAUUGUUCAAUCGACGUUCCUCGUUUAAGCCAUACUUAUAUACAAAUAUAAUAGAACCUUUAGUUCGCAUAGGAUGUAAAUUUUAUAUUAUACUAAUUGAAUUGUAUAGGCCUACUUAAAUUAUAGUAAGUAAAUAUUCUGUUGACGGUACUUAAAUUGGUUUUGAGAUACUUUACUACGCCACAUCACGUCUAACUUGUAUUCUGCCUCAGUUAUCAUCAUCGUGAUGAUGUAACUCCUUAAGAAAUAAAUCCUUGUUACAGAUUUUUUAUUUAAAAAUGUUGUGUGUAAUUCAAACUUAUAACGAUGUCUUUGCAAUGGCGUUUUCUGUUAUAGGCGAGACAAAUUAUGAAGGCAUGUAGUUCUCUGUGUGCUUCUAUUCGAGAAACGCCAUUGGUCUUAGUUUAUUGUUGAUUCUAUACAAAAUUUGUAGCGUAUAUGUAUGUAAAUUUCAAUAUUGUAAUUAUUAAAUUAAAAAGCCUAUUGAAAACUGGCCUCAUGUAAUGGAUGUCUUCCGCAAUGGAACCCAAAAGAGCAAUAAUAAAUGUAAUUGUUUAUUCCGAUUUAAAAUUUUAGUAUUGUAUCAUCGAAGUUCGAUAGUUCAGUGUUUAGAUGAUAUUUACAUUAUAUUUGUCAAGUCAAAUGAACCAAAGAUGAUUAUAUUCAAACCAAUUGAAUUUCAACCUUAGUAUAUUCUGUUAUGACAAAAAAAAAACAUCAGAAGUUUUUACUUAUAUAUGAUAGAAUAACUUAACUAUCAAAAUCAUAAUAUAUAUUUUAUUUUCUUGUUGUACUUGAUGCAAUUUGAAUAAAAUUACAGGGUUGCCAGUAUUUAAAGUAUAAUAUAAAAUUAGUUUUUUAAAUGCGAACAAUGUUAAAAUAACUACACGGAGUGAUAAUAAAGACGGAUCGUUUGGCUUGACCGAUAAUUUUACUUAAGUAACAGAGUAGCUAUUAAAUGUUGUAUUGUACCCCAAAUCCCCGUAGAGAAGUGUUGACAUUAUCAUUAUAUUAUAAGAAAAAUAUUGAGAAAGAAUCGCGUUAAAAGAUUUAUUAAAUCAAAAUUAUAUUAUGAAAA